CGAGUGAGGUUCACUCAUGGAAGUUCAGAUUCAAGGAGUAUCCAGGUACUUCAUCUGCCUAUGAAUCCAUGUUUGAGGUGAAGUGCGACUUCACUAAAGCCAGAACCUUGGAGAGUGAUACCACCUCCAACACUGACAAGCCUGCCAACAAGUUUGCAACUCUUACUGAGAGCACGUUGUCUGUGAGUCUGGACAUCAUCGACCCCGCCAAUAACCUCCCUGUAACCACAGCAACCUUGGGUCAGCAAGUCCGCCUCCAGCUGAAGCUGAACAACGUGGACGAUUUCGGCGUGAACGCCAUCUCCCCAUUCAACUGCUCUGUGGGGACACUGGACCAUAGACACAACGUCGUCUUCACCGACGAACACGGAUGUUCUCCUAGAGAUGCCCAAAUCAUCUUCCUGAACAAUGACGUCACUACAUGGCGCAGCGAGAUUUUCGAAACAUUCGCCUUUUCCGGUUAUAAAAAACUGUACUUCCGGUGCCAGUACCACGUGUGCUUCACAGAGGAUCAGGAUUACUGCAGGGAUAUGUGUCGUCUCUCCACGAGGAACUCGAGACAUCUCCACCGGAGAAGUUUGAGUGCCAAGCACGAGGAUGAAAAGAUACAGGAAAUGCUAGCAACUCUGGACAUUGAGUCUCCAUAAUGACAAUGGUGAACUUCAUCAUGACAUCAUUUCGAUGUAAUACAUAGAUGUCAACCAAACUGAAAUAAAUCAGAUAGGUCAGAG